CAACACUGAUGUGUAGUGUAGCAUUGUGCCAAAGUUUGUUAGGAUGGGGUUCUUGCAAGGUGUGUUAGUGUUGGUUGUGAUUGUGGCUUUUGAUCUGAAGAGUGCAUUGGGAAGUUUGAAACACCGUCAAAGUCCAAGCAGCAGAAAGCCGCAAUCAGCUUCAGCUUCCAGAGUUCCUGAUCUUUCUUCUCAAGGGUUCUUGAAUCCUUCCCAAAAGGCUUCUCAGCUUCCGAGUCUUGACUACAGAAAAUUUGCGCUAGACCCUCUUGGUCUUCAGGAGAAGCAGCUGUUGCAGGGUCCAGUCAAGCCUUUGGACUGGAAGUUUCCUGUCGUUCCAGAGGUGCAACGUGAGUUGGCGGUGAACUUCCAGUUGAGGAAACCUGUGACUCCCAGUAGUGUGGCUGUUCAAUGCAGUGAGGACCGGGUUCAUGUGGAGGUAAAGAAGGAUAUGUUCAGCAAUGGUCAACUGAUCCAGCCAUCUGGUUUGUCUAUGGGAGGCUGUGCUGUUGUUGGUGAGGAUUCUGCCUCUGGGGUGCUCAUCCUCGAAUAUGCACUACAGGACUGCAAUAGUGUGCUGAUGAUGACUGCGGAUGAGCUAGUCUACACCUUUGCUCUUACCUACACCCCUGUGGCAUUUGCUCGGCACGCCGAUUACCCGUACUGA